AUGAUGACGCUCAGCGACCUCACCGUUGCCAACGUAUCGGGUAUGAUUGCUGCUGCUGUCACUGUGGUGCAGAUCAUCAUCUCGUUGGCGAUCCCACUCAUCCUCUUAGGGCUUCUGCAAGAGAGGAACUCUGCUACUACAGCUUCUGCAGUAACCUGGUCUGUCGUCGGCCAUGCCCUACAAUCGUCAUGGUGGCCUUCCAUCCUCUCCACGGACAGCGCAGCAACCAGAGGAGUUCCCAGAAAGAUCGUGAUGAUUACAUGGAGCACAACGAUCAUCGCCCUCAUCGUCUCGGUAGCCGGCAUCGUCACUCCCCUGGGCCUAUACCAGACCGUCAUUGCGAACGACAACCCAACGCCCUCCGAAUUCCACUACAUCGCAGACAGGGGCGUCUUUCAUUACGGGACGCCUCCGCGAGAUAAUCUCCAGUUCAGUCGUCUUUGCGGCUGGUCUGCUCCCAAGCCGUGCCCGAAUUCGUUCACCAACAUCACCUUCUUCAGCAAUGAGACAGGGGACUACUACGACGUUCACAACUACGACUCGUCCAUCCCGCAGUACGUCGUGGACGUCUUUCAGAGCGGCCUCGAAACCAUGGAUAGGUCUGUCUCCAGCAUAUUCGACAUCCAGCCACGGUAUUACUCCUGGUCGGAGAUCAACGACCACGAAACCGCCGUGCAGCCGGACAACGGGACCACCCACCCCGUCAGCAGCUUCCGCCAGCUGGGGAGUCUUCUGAUGGAGAACGACUACGUCCUCGUCGAAGGCCUAGUCGUCGACAUGAAGAAGGGCGGCAUAGGAUUCCGCAACCACAGCGCGCCCCCCGUGCGUCCGUACGGCAGUACGUGGUCGGAAGACCUUCUCUUCGUCGAGCCCGAGUCGCACUGUGUCGAUCUGAACCUAACGCUCGAUUUCAUGCUGCCCAAAUACACCAGCCAGGGGUGGCAGGUCUACGGCCUCGUGCUGACGGACCGUGGCGGCUUUGUGAAUCUCAACAGAACCUAUCCGACAUGGGACUUCGACGGCGAUCGACAGAGCUUUCCCCAGCUGGAGGCCCGGGCAUACAAGGCGGCCUGGCUCAAUAAUGCGUACUCCAUGGCCUUUAUGAAUGUUACCAAUGUGAGGAAUCAGAGUGAUCCCGACUCGGAGCCCUUUUCGUAUGUGAACUCGGAGAUGGGGAAGAGGUUUCCGCUGAUGUACAACGACUCGACGGGCUCGUCGCCGAUGGCCAUGACGGUUCCCAGCAAGAUGACUAGUUCGAGCUUGUUUGGAUACUAUCUCAACGGCUUGGACAUGGGGACAGAAUCAUAUAACACCUCUAGCGUGAGGGAUCCUGACAAUGACACCAUGACCAUCCCGGGGAAACCGCCAUUAUACUCGAAUCCGUUUGAUAUUGACUCAUCGCUGUGGUCUUCCAUCGGAACCGUCUGUGAAGGAGCCGGUGGUGAGGACUAUGCAAACAUCACCAACUUCGCCACAGCCUGCGGGCUCAUAUACGGCGCUCCCCAGCGACAAGACGGCGUCGAAUCCAUCCUAUUCAACCCCGGAAGCAACUGGUCCAUCCCACUAUAUGCAUGCAGCUCCGCAACCAGAGCAUUGAUCAAAAGCGUCUCCUUCCGCUUCAACGGCAGCGACGACCUAUCCGGACUGACCGUCACGGACAUCAAAGACAAAGUGUAUCCGGACGAAGCAUCCAAGCCUCUCUGGGGCGUCGAGCUCACGACACAGUAUCUGAGGGACGUCCAGCCACUGUGGGGCCUCGUUUCGAGUGCGGAUCAGGGCAACGUGAGUCUUUCGACGCUGCGCAGGGAAUUCCUCUAUCUGCCGGGGUUCUACGGGGGAGCUUCCGGCUUCUCGACGGUAGCCGAUAAUGAGAAUCUGCCCGGGAUCAAAUUCCACGUUGACGCGCUGCAGACGGCUUUCUCGAUCGGACUGGAGGGGGAGGGUGUCUCUGACUAUACCGGCCAGUCUAACAUUGCCAUGUUCAGAUAUUGGCAGGAGCUGUCUCGGACCGCUGCGACGGUUGCCCGCAUCCCUCAACUCGUCUGGACGGAUGUGGCAGCGAAUGCCGUCGUGGGGUCAAGAAGCUUGCAAAAGAAGACGGCACAGCCGCAGCCGCCGCGGCAGAAGAAGCGCAGUCUCUGGAAACGCGACGGUGGUGACGACGAUGAUGAUGAUUCGGACCUGGUCCCGGUGAUUGUGCACGAACACCGUGUCCGGUACCGACUCGUCUACGGCAUCCCGGCCUUCAUCACGCUGGCAUGCACUCUGGCCACCCUUUGCAUACUGCUGCUGGUGCUGCUAUCGGGGAACUCGGGAACGAGCAAGAUGCGGAGCUUGCUCAACAAGACGUCUCAGGGUCGGAUUCUCGCCUCGCGGAUUUCCUCUGCGUCUGACUCCGGCGCGGACGAGGUGCGCCUGAUCUCUGCUUCGACGAAGGACUGGAUCGACUCUGUCGGGAAGAGGCAUAUUACCCUGACUGCUGUGCGGGAGGACGGUGAAUCUCCCGUUGAUGGGCCUCGGUCUGCAUCGCAAUCGGCGCCUUUGCUGCAGGAUGCAGCUGCUCAGCCUAAGCCCGAGCCGAGCGUGCGAGUUGACGGUUGA